AUGCCCAACAUCUCUGAACUUGCUUUGAAUGCUACAGCCUCUGUUUGGCAACACCCUCCAUGGUACCAGUACGAUGAGUGUGCAGUGGCUCCUUAUGGCUUCAUCUUUUAUUUUGGGGUAAAAAUUCUGAACCUGACCUUGGGCUUCCCCACCAACGUGCUGGUGAUGUGGCAGAUCGCCACGCGUAAAAGCGAGGGAUCCACAUCGGACAUGUUCAUCUUUAACCUGGCCGUGCUGGAUGCCUACUUCUGCCUGAUGACUCCUGUGGACAUGGUCAACCGGCUUUAUCUGGAUGAUCCUGGUAUCUGGUACUUCCAGCGCUUUGCUUAUGGGGUCAAAGACGUGGCACCACUUUUCCUCACCUGCAUCUGUUUAGACAGGUACAUUGCUGUGGUCCAUCCUAUCGUGUUCACCGGCAUCCGUGACAACCGUAUCCGGGCGGUCGUCUCAGCAGUGGUGUGGGGUCUGGUCCUGGCCUACGCACUGACCAAGAGCAUCCUGGGAGUCAUGAGCGUGAACGAAGUGUUCAGCGGCCUCAUCCUGUCCGCAUUCUUCCUCAUGGUUUUCUGCAACCUGUCCAUCAUCUGGGUGCUGCGCAAGAGCGUGGCGGGCAAAGAGAUCAUGAACCCUGUGAAGAAGAAAGCCUUCAAGAUGGUCAUCAUUGUCCUGGCCAUCAUCGUGGCCAACUACCUGCCGCCCGUGGCCCUGAUGCCUUUUGCCUCCACCUACUCUUUCGUGGACUUAAACUGUAAGAUCAGCAUCUCUGUCUUCUCCAUCAUGGACCUGAGUUGCACCAUCGAGCCGCUGCUCUACAUCAGCAGGAUGGAGAGACGGGCCUGCUGCCCGUGUCUGCAAGGACCUGAGAAAAAACCCACCAAUGUCAGCAUCUGA